UGCUGUUCGGGCCGAUCCUUCAUGCGACCUGCCCUCGAGACGAAAUUCCCUAUUCAGCAAUCCAUCCUCACAUUCACGAACCUUACUUAACAUCAUCACGACGGAGGCACCCUUUAUCGCAAAAGAGCAUCUUCUAAACGUUUUUCUUCACUUCUCGGGCGUCUUUCGUAAAUCACGACGGGCCUCUACACUCGCGACUCGCUUUCUCUUCAUUGCCACCUCUUAUUCCACAUAUCGCCGCAGCAAUGCCCGGCCCAGUCAGUCUUGCAGAGCAGGUGAAGGAGGUGUGGACCUCCGACGAGGGCUCAAUGGCCAAGGACACAGCGUCCAACCGAUGGCCGAAGAUUGUUCAAGGAAUGGUGGAUGAUGUUGCAGAGACGGCCGCUACAGCCGUAGACAGGCCGCAACAAGAAGAGGCUCUAUCAAUUCAAGCUGCGCUCAAGGAGAUCAAGGAUGACAUGCUUCAAAACAGAGUCUUGCGUCCCCUUCCUUCGGAUGGCCGGGACGACAUUGACGGCUACAACGAGCGCUUGGAGCAGCUUGGUGGAAAAUGCACUUGGCUAGCUUGCCCGUGGCUGUUCGGAGAAUGCUACCUCUACAGGCGGGUUCAGACCAUCUUCGCUCUUACACAUCACUGGCGCGACUACGACAUCUUCAAAAGACAAAAGGAUUCUACCUUUGCAAAGUCGUGCAAAGCAGUUGAGGAGCUGUCAGCUCGGUACAUGCAAGUCAUCGCCAACUCGACGCUCCCGGGGGAUGCCACGAACGAGGAGGCCAGAAAGCUGCUCUUCGUCGAAAUGACGGAAGUGGCCCUGUGGGGCAAUGCCACUGACCUAUCUCUCCUGAGCAACCUCAGCCUGGACCAGAUCCAGAGCCUGCAAGGUCGAGAAGCCAUCGCCAAGAGCCAGCGCAACAUCGUGGACAACGAUACAGACGCCGUCUGGCAGUAUCUGUCAAGUCCGCUCCGCUUCAACCGCCGCAUCGACAUUGUCCUUGACAACGCCGGCUUCGAGUUCUUUACCGACGUCAUCUACGCCGCCUAUCUGCUCGAAAGUGGCCUGGCGUCCGUCAUCGUGUUCCACGUCAAGGACUUCCCUUGGUUUGUCAGCGACGUGAUAGCCGCAGACGUCGAGUCGCUCUUCCAACACCUCGAAUCUGCAUCCAUCUUUCCCAACCGAUCCUUCAUUGAUCAGGUCGUCCCCCGCCUUCGCGCGCAUUUCGACUCGGGCGCCAUGAGCAUCAAGCAACAUUCCUUCUGGACCACCGCCUACUCUUUCCACCAAAUGAAGGCCCUCGCUCCCGGAUUGUUCAAGUCGCUGCAGGUCAGCUCCAUGGUCAUCUUCAAGGGCGAUCUGAACUACCGCAAGCUGACCAAGGACGGCCUGUGGCCGCACACAACCCCUUUCAAAGACGCCAUUGGAUCCAUGGGCGCAGAGAGCGGCAUCAAGGUCCUUGCUCUCAGGACAAAUAAGUCGGAUACCUGCGUUGGCGUGGAGAGCCAAGAGCGGGUGGACGCAUUGAAUGAGGAGGCGCCGCACGGGGUGUGGAUCAGGAAUGGCAAAUACGCCGUCGUGUCGUUUAGUGAUGGGGAGAAAACGGACGGCAAAUGACGACUUUGAUGUUUGAUUUUGGCAUGUAUAUCUUUACC